AUGAGAGGUAGCGUAAACCGUAGUGCAUACAUCCUCUUCAUUCUUCUCCUAUACCUUUAUUGCGGCUUGUUUACCCCACUACCACAGCCUACGACGCUGACCAUGAGCAUCACAAGAUCCGUCGAAUACUGUCACAGACUUCGACAGCUGGCCGCGGACCAGCUGCGAGCCGUCACAGAGUAUACUAUUCGAGGUCGUAUGGGUCCUGAGCAGGAGCUGGCCUUGCAGACAGAAAUCCUCAGGAUAGCCGCGAACAUACAGCGAAUGAUGCCGCCAUUGGUCGAUCAGGGAGGAGAGGGCCGCGUUACUUCCGAUCAAGCCGGUAUAUCGCUGUUGCAGGCCUCUGACGAUACAGCCUCAUUACGUGGCACUUCUGGCGAGAGAGUAUAG